AUGGAGACUCGAAGUCUCCCGCAGGCAUUCUCCUCGAGCUAUGCGCCUCGACUGCGCGCCUACAAUAACUCCCUUCUAGCCCCCAUCGUCCAGUCCACUGCGCCGGCUGGACCCGUAUCGCGGACAACUAAACGCGGUACUACAGUGAUUAACUACGCUGAGGACGGGUACGAUUAUGAUGAAGACGAUGACGACAGUCGAAGGCGCCCUACAGGCUUGCGCAGCAUACGGCAUGAGGAUAGCAAUUCGAGGGCCGAGCCGAGUGACAAGGUUGGGAAAGAGACAAACAGACCAGUACAGCUCCAGGGAAUAUGGAGGGAGUGGAUGACCAAGUCUAAACACCGCUCCGACCUCAACGCCCAAGCCCAGGCCGCGAUGCCAGUCACCCUCAUCCCCAUUCGCAUCGAUGUCGACAUCCCCGCCUUCAUGCCCGCCGCUCCGUAUCCCCUACCUCGAGGCCUCACGCAGCCCAGCUCACACAUGGACCCGACACUUUACAGGGCGCAGGAGAUGACGGUGCCAUACAAGCUGCGGGACAUAUUUCUCUGGAAUCUGCACGAGACGGUCAUUACUACCGAUCAAUUCGCCCUUACUCUGGUGCAAGAUCUCGACUUGCCCAACUAUACUUCUGUCGCUGGUGAGAUCAGCAAGCAGAUCAGAACCCAGCUGGAAGAGUACGCAGGAGUCGCGCUUCAUCCACUCUUCCAUUCCGAAGACAGAACACCUCCGAAUGGCACAACCCAAGCUCCCCAGUCCACCGCGCGCGAUAGCCCAGCUACACCUGCCACGCCCCUACAGCAGUCCGCUCGCGGCCCAGAAACCCCAAUGCGAAACGGACUCGAGACCCCUAUGAGGACCCUACCUUUGCACCUUCAAGAUGUCACUGCCACUGCUACGCCAAUCCCUGCAGACUCUGAAGAUUUCAGUGCCGACGACACCUAUCGUUGCAUCGUCACGCUCAACGUGAACCUCUCCUCGGAACUCUACACCGACAAAUUUGAGUGGUCGCUGCUGCACCCACCUGGUACAGCAGAAGCGUUCGCCAAGAUUACCUGCUCCGAUCUUGGACUCUCCGGCGAAUGGGUCCCUGCUCUGACGCACGCGAUCUACGAGGCCGUGUUGCGUCUGAAGAAGGAAGCUUGUGAGGCGGGUGGUCUGGUGGCUGGAUGGGGUGCGAUGGGCACUGAACUCCCGAACGAUGCGGCUCAUGGUGGUGAUGCCGGCUGGCGAUACGACCCGGAACAUCUAGCAGACGGGUGGGAACCGAAGAUUGAGCUGCUAUCACAAGAGGAAAUCGAGAAGCGAGAGGGUGACCGGGAACGACAGAUUCGUCGCCUCCGUCGUGAGACGGCGAGGUUCAGCAGUAACGCUGGCAUGGUAGGAGGCAUGCCGUUUGGAGGAAGCUUCGGUGUGGGCGCAGAAGUCGAAGAAGAACGCAUGGGUCGAGGUGAAAGGUCCAAGAAGAAGCGAAGAUUCCGGAGUCUGAGUCCGCUUGGACGGUCCGGUACACCAGGUGGCCGUGGUACACCGGAUGCUGGGUAUGGUGGAGGCGGUGGUGGCUCUCUUACCGAUCAAGAGAGGCUUAACUGGCGCUGCACCCACUGCCGUAUCUGGGGUUCCAGCGUUUGGGCGGUCAGGGAUGGUCCAUAUGGUCCUAGGUCGCUGUGCGCCAACUGCGGUCGCGCGUAUGAGCUGGACAAGAAGCUUCCUCGAUGGACCAAGAACAUCCAUUACGCCGAGUUACCGCUACGACAAGUAUAG